ACUUGCAUUAUAUCUUUGUUUGCAUUAUAUCUUUAUACCUUUGUUUUCUUGACAGAUGUUUUUGGUAGCUCUAUCGUUUACAUACUUUUCCAAAGCAUUAUCUGGAAGCUACAUGAAAAGUUCCAUUACCCAGAUAGAGAGGAGAUUUGAGAUUCCUAGUUCUGUUAUUGGGGUUAUUGACGGCAGCUUUGAAAUGGGUAAUUUGCUGGUGUUACCAUUGGUAAGCUACUUUGGAGCAAAGUUUCACAGACCAAAAAUAAUUGGUGCUGGAUGCAUGCUGAUGUCUAUUGGAACAUUACUCAUGGCGCUACCUCAUUUCCUCAUGGGACACUAUAAAUACGAAACAACAAUAUCAGCUUCAACUAACUCCAGCACAGCGAGCUUCCCGUGUUCACAAGACCCAGGCCAGCUUACUGAGCUUGAGGCCCAGCAACAAUAUUCCAGAAUAGCGGGUUGUGAACAUGAUGGAGGCUCCCUGAUGUGGGUUGCUGUGUUGCUGGGGAACGUGCUACGAGGGGUUGGUGAAGCAACCAUUACACCGCUGGGAAUUUCAUUCAUUGAUGAUUUCGCCAGCCCAGAAAACUCAGCCUUUUACAUUGGGUGCCUCCAUACCAUUGCAGUGAUUGGACCUCUUUUUGGGUUCACGCUGAGUGCGUUUUGUGCAAGGCUGUAUGUAGACAUCGGGUUUGUUGAUCUUGGAAGUAUUGCCAUAUCAAUGAAGGAUUCCCGUUGGGUCGGUGCUUGGUGGCUUGGCUUUAUAAUCGCUGGAGGAACCAGCUUGCUUUCUGCAUUUCCAUUCUUUUUUCUGCCCAAAACUCUGCCCAAAGAAGCAGGUCCGGAAAAAGAUUCCAGCACCACAGCAGAACAAAAUCUGUUACAAGGAAACCAGCAAACAAACGCAACAGACGAACAGCCCAAACUCAUAGACGUUGCAAAGGAUUUUUUGCCAUCCUUGAAGCGUCUGCUCACAAACAAGAUCUACAUUUUAUAUCUCACAGCAAACAUUAUAAUGGUCAAUGGGGUCAUCAUUUUGAUAACGUACACACCAAAAUACUUAGAACAACAGUUUGGAGAAUCUGCAUCCAAAACUAACUUUUUAAUAGGUGUUACCAGCAUGCCGGCUGUUUCCUUGGGGAUUUUCUUCAGUGGUCUUAUCAUGAAGAAGUUUAAGCUAGAUCUCCUGGGAGCAGUCAAGGUGGGACUAGGCACAGCUGUCCUUGGCAGCCUCUGUAUCUUACCUUAUUUUGCAUUGGCUUGUGAAAACACUGAGAUCGCUGGACUCACAGUUUCCUAUGCAGGAACAGGGAUUUCAGACUUGGAGAGCAGAGUGUUGGUGGCCUGUAACUCUGGCUGUGGUUGCCCAGUGAACCAGUGGGAGCCAGUGUGCGGAGAGAAUGGGAUGACGUACGUUUCCCCUUGCUUUGCUGGUUGUAACAUAUCCAGAGGAAGUGGAAAAAACACGACGUUUCAUGCCUGCAGAUGUAUUGAAGCUUUUCCCAAGUCAGGAUCUGGGAAUUUCUCUGCAGUUCUGGGACAAUGCCCACGAGAGGAGAAGUGUUCCAGAAUGUUCAUAUAUUACUUGGUGUUCCUGUCCUUGAGUUUCUUCAUUCUUUCUCUGGGAAGCAUGCCGAUAUUCAUUGUAAAUCUCAGGUGUGUGGAUCCAGAGCUGAAAUCACUAUCGGUGGGAAUGUACACUCUGGCACUGAGAGCAUUUGGUGGAAUCCCAGCUCCAAUUUAUUUUGGAGCCCUGAUUGACUCAACAUGCAUAAAAUGGGGGACCAAGAAGUGUGGGGGUCAUGGAGCAUGCAGGGUGUACAACAACGUCUCAUUCAGGUAACACAUGUUAGAUCAUACAGGGUGUACAACAACGUCUCAUUCAGGUAACACAUGUUGGAUCAUGCAGGGUGUAUAACAACGUCUCAUUCAGGUAACACAUGGUGGAUCAUGCAGGGUGUAUAACAACGUCUCAUUCAGGUAAC